UAAUGUGCUUCAUACUCUGCACUGAUGAGGGCCAAUUACUCUAAAACAAUAGCAUUCAGGGGCAAACUGACAACUCAUGGGGCCCCCGGGCAAUAGGGGAUCAUGGGGCCCCUGUGUCCUUGCCCAAACUCAAAAAAACCUAUGAAAAAGGUACCAAGGACAUCUCAUGGGGCCCCCUAUGGACCCAGGGCCCUCAGGCAGUGCCCGAGUUUCCAAAUGGUCAGUCCGCCCCUG